UUAUUUUAAGUGUACACUAAUUCAGGGAGUUCAGGAACAGAAAACAAACGGAAUGUGAUAAGGAUGAAACGCGCCUGGCCCAUUAUCGCGAAGUCGCUCGCUCUGAAAUGUCACAGCUUUCUUAGUUUGUGCCAUAUGACAUAGAGAGACAGUCAAGGGACGUCCUUAGGAUCAACUUAGGAUUUGGAUGACCUAAGAACGUCCUUAGGCUUGGCUUAGGACUUAGACAUCCCAAGGACGUCCUUGGAAUCGACUUAGGACUUUAAAGACCUAAGGACGUCCUUAGGCUUGGCUUAGGACUUAGAUGUCCUGAGGACGUCCUUUGGAUACAGUGUGCUGUCAUUCAACCGGUGCGACAUCGUUACAUCGGUACAAUGGCUCAUCCUUUAAUUGCAGUAUGUCAAAUGCGAUCAAUAGCUGACAAAAUGAAAAAUUUGGAAGUUGUGACCGAGCUAGCAGCUGAAGCCAAACGCAGAUCAGCAGCAAUAGCAUUCUUUCCUGAAGCUUGCGAUUUUUUGGCAGAUAACAAAAAGGAUAUUGUCACUAUGGCUGAACCUUUAACUGGACAAACAGUGGCAUUUUAUAAAGAGAUUGCAAUCAAAAAUAAUAUUUGGUUAUCCUUAGGUGGAAUUCAUGAAACUUCAAACAAUAUAGAAAAGAUUUACAAUACGCAUAUAUUGAUAAAUAAUGAAGGACAACUAAUAGCCGCCUACAGAAAAGUACACUUGUUCGACAUGGAUAACAGAGAUACCGGAGUACGUUUGAUGGAAUCGGACUAUGUGCUUAAAGGGACCGAAAUCGUGUCACCUGUGCCCACACCAAUCGGCAAGCUCGCGCUGAGCAUUUGUUAUGAUAUGCGGUUUCCUGAGUUAUCGUUAACUUUGCGGAACAUGGGUGCGCAGAUUCUCACAUAUCCAUCAGCAUUCACGUAUCAAACUGGCGCUGCACACUGGGAAGUGUUGCUGCGAGCGCGAGCAAUAGAAAAUCAGUGUUAUGUCGUGGCCGCGGCGCAAACCGGCGCACAUAAUAAGAAAAGAGUGAGUUGGGGUCAUGCUAUGAUUGUGGAUCCUUGGGGCGUCGUCAUAGCGCAAUGUGGGGAAAAAACAGGAAUAGCUGUGGCGGAAAUUGAUCUGGUGCUAUUGGAAAAAAUCAGGAAAAAUAUGCCGAGCGAAGAACACCGCCGCACUGAUUUGUACUCUAAAAUGGAAUAUUAAAAGUAACCAAAGAAUUUACUAACAAUAAAAUCCGCUUGAACCAACAUAAAUUAACUUCAGAAAAUACUUUAUUUUUCCAAGUUUUAGAAAUUAAAAAAAAAAUAGAAAAGUAAACCAAGAUUAAAAUUAAUAUACAUUGGAUUAUUAAUUGAAAAUUAGUGUAUAGUGCAUGGAUUUAAGUAAAUAAAUAAUCAUAAUUGUAAACUAUUUUAAAAUGAACUUAUAUAACAACUAAGAAAACAUUAAAGGUCAAAAAAAUAAGGUGUAA